CCCAAGAAUCAAGCAAAACUCACCCAUUUCAAUGGAGGCCAUCCACCACACCACCGUCAAAACCAACGGCAUAAACCUCCACAUCGCCGCCGUCGGAACCGGCCCACCAGUCCUCCUCCUCCACGGCUUCCCUGAGUUCUGGUACUCAUGGCGCCACCAGCUCAUUUACCUCUCCUCCAUCGGCUACCGUGCUAUCGCCCCGGACCUCCGUGGCUACGGAGACUCCGACGCACCGCCGUCCGCCGACGCCUACACGACCCUGCACAUCGUCGGCGACCUUGUCGGUCUCCUUGACGAGCUGGGCAUAGAGAAAGUGCUUUUAGUUGGCAACGAUUGGGGGGCCAUAAUCGCUUGGUAUCUCUGUUUGUUCAGGCCCGACCGGAUCAAGGCAGCCGUGAUUUUGAGCGUCCAAUUUUUUCCCAGAAACCCCACCACGCCCUUUGUCGAAGCCUUCAAAUCUGUUCUUGGGGACCAAUUCUACAUGGUCAGAUUUCAGCAACCAGGACAGGCCGAGGAAGAGUUUGGGACGGUUGACAUAAAAAAGUUUUUCAACGAAGUUAUGUCAAAUCGGGACCCGCGAGCUCCAUAUUUGCCCGGAGAAGUUAAAUUUGAAGGGCUUCCACCGCCGCCGCCCGCCACGUGGCUGACGCCUGAAGAUAUCGACGUUUAUGCUGACAUGUUCUCCCGCACUGGCUUCACCGGUGGCCUCAAUUACUACCGAGCUUUUGACCGGACUUGGGAGCUGACAGCGGCAUGGACAAGGGCAGAAAUCAAGGUGCCAGUGAAGUUCAUAGUGGGGGAUUUGGACCUGACCUACCAUUUUCCAGGAGCUCAAGAGUACAUCCAUGGCGAUGGGUUCAAAAGGGACGUGCCUGGUUUGGAAGAAGUGGUUGUAAUGAAAGACACUUCUCAUUUCAUCAACCAAGAGAGGCCUAAUGAAACCAACGCCCAUAUUCAUGAUUUCUUCAACAAAUUCUGCUGAUCUUCGCUCUCUUUCUUAGUUCUAAUCUGUUUCGUUUGGUUUGUUCUUUGUUUUUGUAUCUUUGAUUGCGGAUUUCAAUAAAUUAGACAUAUUAAACCUAA